AUGGGCGAUUUUAAUACAGACCUCCUGACUCCGCACUCAUCCCGUUCCUCUAAGCUCCUUCACAUUGUCGAGUCGGUUGGCCUCCACAUUUUACCUUUACAAGCCACUCACCACAAUGUUGAUGUAGAGGAUACCUGGCUUGACUUAAUCCUUACCUCUGCUCCUUCUCUUGUCUUCUCCCACGGUCAGCACUUUGCACCUGCUUUCUCCUAUCAUGACCUCAUAUUCAUUUCUUACGUCCUAAAACCUCCUAAACCUCCAGCUAAAACUCUUCACAUGCGUUGUUUUGGUCGCUUAGACGUUGAAAAACUUUGUAUGGAUGCAUCCAAAAUAAACUGGAACAGCGUGGUUUCUGCAUCCACUGUGGACGAAAAGAUAGAGGCUUUGAAUGAAGCUAUCCUUAGGCUAUAUGAUGUACAUGCUCCGAUUAAAAAAGUGAAGCUCAAGCGUCCACCCGCGCCAUGGAUGACGAUUGGGGUUCGAAUUGCGAUGAGACGUAGGGAUCGGGCUUUUGGCAAAUUUAGAAAAGAUCGAUGUGAUGAGAACUGGACUCUUUAUAAAGUUGCAAGGAACCGGUGCAAUCAGAUGAUACGCAACGCCAAACGCCGAUUUAUUCUUAGUAACAUCUCAUCUUCUUCCCCUGCUAAUAUCUGGAAGUUCCUUGGAACCUUAGGUAUCGGUAAACGACAACGUUGUGAGUUUCAGAAGACGAUUGGUCUGGAUGAUAUUAAUUUUCAUUUUGUCUCCAACAGUCCUCUUGAUCACCAGACCAAGCGUCUUACUAUUGAACACUUAAUGGGUUUACCUCGUCCCGAUAUUGAUCUCUUUCAAUUUUCUCCAGUAGCUAUGGAUGAGAUCAAGAAGACAAUCCUAUCCAUUAAAUCUAAUGCUGUAGGUUGCGACAACAUCAGCCGACGGAUGAUUAUCUUUAUACUUGACCAUAUCCUCCCUGUUAUCUCGCACAUCAUUAACUUCUCCUUGGAUUCUGGUGACUUUCCUUCUUUGUGGCGUAAGGCUUACGUUAUUCCAUUACAAAAGAUCACAAAUCCCACUCUAUCCAAUCAUUUACGACCUAUAUCCAUCCUUCCCUUCUUAUCCAAGGUCUUUGAGGCCUGUGUCCACAAGCAACUUUCGCAGUUUAUCUCCUGUCAUAACUUACUAAGUCCCUUGCAGUCUGGCUUUAGGCCCGGUCAUAGCACCGUUUCCGCACUCCUGAAAGUAACUGGUGAUAUUAGGGCAGGCAUAGAGGAUACUAAAGUCACUGUGUUGGUUUUAGUUGACUUCUCGAACGCCUUUAAUACCAUCAGUCAUGACCUUUUAAUUUCCAUCCUUUCCCUUUCAAUGGUCUCACCCGAAGCACUGGAUUGGUUUUCAUCAUAUCUUCGAGGUCGCCAGCAGUCGGUUCGCAUCGAUGAGCUAUCAUCUAGCUGGCUUGACUUACAUGCUGGUGUUCCUCAAGGCGGCAUAUUAUCUCCUUUGUUGUUUUCUAUAUUUAUUAAUCUCAUUACCCAAGACCUUCAGUCUGCGUAUCAUCUGUAUGCCGAUGACUUGCAACUGUACACACAAGCGAGUAUUGACAAUAUUUCUACAGCGAUGGACAUAAUUAACAGGGACCUUGAGUAUAUUAAGAACUGGUCUGACAGGUUUGGCCUAGUGGUCAACCCUUCGAAGUGUCAGGCCAUAAUAAUUGGUAGCCGUCGGAUGAUUCAUAGAUUGAAAACGGUAGCUUUACCUCCUAUCUUUUUUAAUAGUACUGGGAUCCAACUGUGUUCUACUGUGAAGGAUCUAGGUUUAUUAAUUGAUUCUACUUUGAGUUGGAAAGACCAAGCAACGACCGUUAGCCAGAAAGUUACCGGUACCCUGCGUUCUCUCUAUCGCCUAAAAAAUUUUCUGCCAUCUGCAAUCAAAGCAAUGCUUGUGCAAAGCUUAAUUUUUCCCCUAAUCGACUAUGGUGAUGUGUGUUAUUUCGACCUGAAUGCAGAUCUUCUCAAUAAAUAUCACCGUCUUCUGAAUAACUGCAUUCGAUUCAUUUUCAAUCUUCGAAAGUAUGACCAUGUAUCCACGUAUCGAUCUCAAUUAAAAUGGUUACCUAUUCGUCAACGCCGUAGUUUGCGUGCACUCACUACCCUUUAUUCUAUCCUGAUGUCUCCAACUUCCUGUUCCUACUUAUCUCCAUACUUUCAGUUGCUUAGCGCUAGUCAUGAGAGAAACCUCCGCUCUACGAACAACCUUCUUCUCCUAUGUCCCUCCCAUAGCUCUGGACUUGUUCAUUCUUCUUUCCACAUUCAAUCUAUUCUCCUUUGGAACGCACUACCUCUCGAAAUCAGGACGGCUAGCAAUCGUAACGCGUUCAAGAUGAAGGUUCGGGAAUACUUAACUAAUAAAUUGGCAGAUUCAUCAUAG